CAAGUCCAGCGACGCGGUGGUGCUGGGAGCCAUGGGCGGACCCAAGUGGGAUGGACUGGACUAUUCCAUCCGCCCCGAGCGAGCGUUGCUGGCGUUGCGCCAGGAGCUGGGGCUGUUCGCCAACCUGCGUCCGGUGAAGCUGUUCGCCCCUUUGGCGCAGGCUUCGACCCUCAAGCCCGAGGUGGUGGCGGGAACCGACCUGCUCGUCGUGCGCGAGCUGACCGGCGGCAUCUACUUCGGACAGCCCAAGGGCGUCACCACCGAGCCCGACUGGUACCGAGCGGGGCUUCAACCCUGGUCUACACCACGCCCCGAGAUCGAACGGAUCGCCAGGGUGGCCUUCGACGCCGCCGCAGGCGCCGCGGCCGGGUGACCUCGGUGGACAAGGCCAACGUGCUGGAGUCCACCGAGCUGUGGCGCAGGGUGGUGACCCGGGUCCGCGACGAGGAAGGCUAUGGCGACGUCGAGCUCGACCAUGUGCUGGUGGACAACUGCGCCAUGCAGCUCAUUCGGGAUCCCAGGCAGUUCGACGUCAUCGUCACCACCAACAUGUUCGGAGACAUCCUGAGCGACGAGGCGGCCAUGCUCACGGGUUCCAUCGGCAUGCUGCCGUCCGCCAGCCUCGGCGGCAAGGUGGGCAUGUACGAGCCCGUGCACGGCAGCGCUCCGGACAUCACCGGGCAGGACAAGGCCAACCCGCUGGCCACCAUCCUGACGGUGGCGCUCAUGCUGCGCCACUCCUUGACCAGGGCGCCGCCGCCGACUGCAUCGAACAGGCGGUGGAGCGGGUGCUCGAGGCCGGCCACCGCACCCUGGACAUCUCCGAGGGGAAGGCCAACGUGGUGGGGUGCAAGGAGAUGGGUUCCCUGGUGCGGCAGGAGAUUGCGGCCGGCCGCGGAGCUUAGCGUGACAUGA